GUGAUAUUUGAUCUCCCUCGGCCCUCCCCUUCGAACUCGACGAGACAGACGCUUCGUGAAAAGAGAACAACAACAAGAACAAACCCUACAUCGUCAUCAACAAGAAGGGCCACUUACACCGACCCUAACCCUUUCGACGUUGUCGUCAUCGUCUUCAUCACAAGGCACGUCAUGCCUCUGACACCACCUGCGUCGUCUCCGCGGCGGAUCUCAGAUGAAGAGAACAGCAAUGGCGGGAGGAGGAGGAGAAGAAGAAGAAGAAGAAGAAGAAGGUAUCCUUUGAAUGAGACUAUUCCCAGCACAGAGGAGGAGGACGAAGAAAAUGAUGCCUCAGACGAGAGCGAAACAGCCCCCAAUCCACGACGAGCAACGUCGUCAUCACCGCACCCCGCAGAAGAAACUCACCCAUCCUCCUCAUCAAGACGGAGAAGACCAAUACAACCACCGCCCAAGCUCAAACCCACAAGAACGCCCUCCUCAAGGCCCGAGGGCGACAACAGUCACCACUCAUCCUCAUACCUGCCCACGCCUCCAGUCCCUCAGCCGUGGACCAGUCCCCUCAGCCCACCCCUCCCCAAACCCGAGUACAAGGCCCGCCGCCCGCGCAGGCCCCGCACACACACGAACCCAGCCGCCGCCGACUCGUCCCCCUCCUCGUCCUCACCCGCAAGAAGCCCUUCUAUAACGCUGAUGCCGACCCGCCCCAUCCCGCCCAAGCGGAACAAGACGGUGCGUGAGCCCGCGGGGGCUCCAGUGCAAGCCAUCGUGCCACGCACCCCGAGGACGGUAGCGGCUGCGCGGACAGACGAUUAUAGUGAUGAAUAUGAUGAUGACGAGGAUGACGACGACGUGGAGGAUGUAGAUGAGAUUAUGGGGCGGCGCCUGCCGCAGGUGGUGUUGCCGGCGCAGGAGCAGAAGAUUGUCGCCGGAGGGAAGAAGGCGAAGCUGGCCGUGGAGCUGAAGAUGAACCUGGAGAUCGAGAUCGAGUUGAAGGCUUAUAUUCACGGAGAUCUUACGCUAGAGCUGUUUAAUUAAGUUGAUGUGCGAGUAUUCGAGGGGCUUCACUGGGCGGGAGAGUCAGGAGGCACGUUCUGAUGGGGGUUUAACGGGAGGGGGGCGCAAGAGUUUUGUAUCGGCUUGUUUGGCCAUAAAAUAAAAUAAAAAGGUAUUGCACGGAACUUGAUGCGAGUUCACCAUCAGGACCGUUGCAAAGAAAAAAUUCCAGGAGUCGAACAAUAGAUUCGGGCUACGAAAGCAUUCAAGCUUUAAGAAUAAGCAGGCCCAGAUCAAUGUCAAC